CUAUUCUUAGGGUCCAUGGCUGCAAAUAUAUCUAUAAAAUAUUUCAUUCCGUGUUCCCCGUCAAACUAGAAUAUUCUUUAUUCUCUUUGACUCUUCGCCAUUCCAAUGCAAAGCUAGCGAGCGCAGCAAGGACAGAAAAUGCGGCAGUCAGAUGCUGGGCGUAAGAGUCAGUCAGUCACUAGUGAGCAGAGUCAGGAUAUAUCGCAUAAGACCGGGCUACCGGCUGUUGAAGAUGGUCUGACACGCCGAUACAGAUACAGCAGCCCCGAGUUGCAUGAAGAGGUUUACGACACCACGACACACUGCGUUGUCGGCCGCAGGAACGAAUUCCUGGACGAUGGUAAACGGCUUGGUAAGAAUUUGGCAGCCGAGCCAUUGGCUGGUCGAGUCACCGGCAUUCAAUGUAGCGUAAAGACCCGACGCAACACUGAUGACCAGACAUCCAAGAUAGACGAAUUUGAGAGGCAAUUGAUCUUACGUUUUACUCAUCAGGGAAGCACAUCUGCGGUAUAUCUCAAUGAGGAUAUAGUCCGUAGGCCCGCAGACUCUCAGAUAACUCACAAUGCCCACACAUAUGCAGACUCAUACCAAGCUAUAUCGGCCAAUGUGCCGAACUCGUUUGUCAAAGUUGAGAUUAUUGUUGAGAACAUCCGAGUAUCAGCCAGAGCUUUGGCCAUGAAGUGUCCUUUGUUGGCCCAGUUACUCUUGACGGGCUUGACUUUCAUCCUCAUGGUUUUCGUUGUUGCUUUUAACCAAUACACUGACUAG